CUGCCCGUUUGCCCCCAUGCCUUCCUCGCCCUCUUCCUCCUCCUCCUCCUCUUCCCCGCCGCCUCUGCAGCCCUGCCCCGGAGCCUUCGCCUAGCCCGGCGGAGGAGAAGCGGGGGCGGCGCCUGGUUGGGCUCCGGCGGUGGUCCGCGAUGGAUCUAUUCGACUUUUUCAAGGACUGGGAUCUGGAGCAGCAGUGUCACUAUGAACAAGAUCGGAACGCCCUUAAGAGGAAGGAAUGGGAGCGGAGAAAUCAAGAAAUCCAGCAAGAUGAAGACCUCUUUGCAUCUGGCUUUAAUCUCUUUGGAGAACCGUACAAGACCAGCAAAGGUGAUGCUCUUGCCAAUCGUGUGCAGAACACUUUGGGGAACUACGAUGAGAUGAAGGACCUGCUCACCAACCAUUCCAACCAGAGCCACCUUGUCGGCAUCCCAAAGAAUCCUGUGCCGCAAACCCCAGUAGACAAAAAUGAGCCGAGCUUUUUCCCCGAGCAAAGGAACCGGAUGGUCGCGCCCCACCAGAUGGGUGGGAACACCUCAACGGCUAUGCCUCCCCCAUCUUCCCUGUCGUCCAAUCCAAGUUUGCUGAAUGGCCACCAGAGCAGCAGGAAAUCCAGGACGGAGUGGUCCCGUAGCAACCACAGCUCUAGCGGUGGCCAGUCGAACCAAGCCAGUAGCCAGCCCAAUCGGACCAAACAUAGCUCUUCUCAUGAGCCAACCCAAGGCCGAUAUGAGGACCUUUAUCCCUGCCAGAAUGAGCCACAGAAAACUGGAGGAGGGGAGGAACUCAACACCCCACCUUCAUCGUCACAUUCAAGGAGGCACAAUCACUCCAAAUCCACAGCGGCCGAGCACUCCUACAAAGAAACUACCCACUCCAAGUCUCCGGUGGAUCUUGAUUUUCUGAGUCACGGAUCUCCUCUUCCUUCUACAUCUUUGCUAUCCGCCGCUAACAAUCUUUCCAACCAGAACUUUCCUCCUGGACUCCACUGUAAAAGCAGUAUGAUCCAGCAGAAGCCCACCGCUUACGUUAGGCCCAUGGAUGGCCAGGAUCAAGUCCCGAAUGACUCCCCAGAAUUAAAACCACCCAUAGAAACUGAGGGGGUCUAUGGAAACCAAUCCUUUGGAAGUCUACUGGAAGGGAAAACCACCGGAUCCAGUUCUAAAAAUAAACUACCAAAGCUUACCAUUCCUCAAAUGAAUGAAGUUAGCCUUCCCAAUGACUCCAACUGUGUGGAAGAGAUAUUACGGGAGAUGACCCAUUCAUGGCCUCCGCCCCUCACUGCUAUCCACACUCCCGGCAAAGCGGAACAGAACAAAUUCACUAUCCCAAGCAAGGCCCAGGAUUGCCAGCAUCUGACCUCAGGAUACCCUGCACAAAAAUGGAACGAGCCUACCAAUAAAGUUGCAACCAAAUCUGUGCCACAGAAAUCAAUGCUUGAAGAUGACUUGAAACUCAGCAGCGAUGAAGACGAUAAUGAUCAGACCGCAGAGAAGACAAAGCCUCGAAACAUUCCUGCAAAUGGCCUUCCAUUGCCAACAGCACACAACACUGUCCUCAUACAUUCCAGUGGCGGAUCCGGAAGUUCCAGUGAAUCUGAAAGUAGUUCGGAAUCCGAUUCAGACAGCGAAACCAGCUCCAGCGAUAGUGAAUGCAAUGAAGAAUCACGUAGCGGAACUCCGGAGCCUGAACCCCCCUCAGCUAACAAAUGGCAGCUGGACAAAUGGCUAAACAAAGUCAAUCCUCACAAGACGAUCAUCAGCAACCAACAUGACGGUCACGGGGAGAACAGCGUUCCGUCCCAGGCCGGGCCUCAAAUGGAAGGACAAAACAAAGGGAAGGUUAACAACAGCUUGUCCCUGACCGAUUCCAAAGACAGGGCCCUCCGCAGCCCCAUCCGAGAGAAAGCCAAACCCCGAGUGGCCCAGAAAACCCCCGCCGAUGUGAAAAGUUCCAAGCAGAAAUCCCCCAUGCACAAUGAGCCGGUCCCCCAAAGGACGACUGGGAAGAAACAACCCAAAAAAGUCGAAAGAACUUCCAGCGCGGAAGAUUACAAUUGGCCCAAACCAAAUAUGACCAGCAGCACCCCCAAAGAGAAGGAGGCACAAGAGAGCCCAGAACAGGCCAAACUGAGGGCCAAGAUGGCCGCCGGGAAAACCGCUCCGAGGAAGGAACCUAGAGCCACCACCAUCCCGCCUCUGGAGAAGAAAAAGUACAGAGGUCCCAGCAAAACCUUUCCCAAGUCGCGGGAGUUUGUGGAAACAGAUUCGUCCACCUCGGAUUCCAACACCGACCAUGAAGAGAGUCUGCAGGCCAAGAGCCUGCAGGGAGGGAGCGGCUCGGACAGCGGCAUCAAAGCCAAGGACUCCAGCAGCAACAUCCUCAGCGUCAGCAGUUUAAUGAGCAAUAACAGCAACACUUCGGUGGACCAGAACGGGCCGGAUUUGGAGGAACAGUUUUUUUCACCUCUUCCCAUUGUUCAGAAUGAACCCCUGUCCCCCUUGAAGGAUUUUGAAGAACUCAAGUACCUUUGGGUGAAAAUAGAUCUGAGUUUCCUCUCUCGGGUCCCCGGGCAAGAUCUGGACUUUGAGAACGUCUCUGGAAAGAUGGAACCUCGAGAGGUGAACAUCAAGCAUCGGCGACAGGCGCCUGACUCUCCCUUGCCCCCGGCUGAAAAACCAUCUGCUAAAACCAAAAGGAAGCACAAACAGUCGGAAAAUGUGGGCACAUUCGGCGACAGCAAGAAACAACGUUUAGAAGAGUCUACGGCUUCCUGCUUGCUUCCACCCUGCAUUUCACCGAUACCCAACCAUAGAAUACCCAGCAUAAAAGAAAGCAACUCCAUGAAAAAAGUGACCAAAAAGAGAGAAGAAAAACUCUUCCCACCUCCGUUGUCUCCUUUGAUGGACGAGGCAGCUCCGCGGCAUAACAUCUUGGACAACGGCUCCUUCAACCAAGAGAACUCCCUACCAAGCUCCUUGCAGAGCAACGCCUGCUCCAAACACAGGAAGAACGAGAACAAAUCUUCUGUCAACUCCAAGGGAAUCAGUGAAGAAGAUGCUCACAGCAGGCCUUCGAAUCCUUUGCUGGAAUCCAGCCACCUCGACAACGAUCUCUGGUUGACAAGUCCCACCUUCACCAACGGGAAUCCUGAAUUGAGAAGACCCAAGAUAACAUUUGAUGAUAUGCUUCACAAUGCUGAUUACUAUAUGCAAGAAGCCAAAAAACUCAAGCAUAAGGCAGAUGCUUUGCUGGAAAAAUUUGGCAAAGCGGUGAAUUAUGCCGACGCGGCGAUCUCCUUCAUUGAAUGCGGGAAUGCUAUGGAGCGAGAUCCAUUAGAGGCAAAAUCUCCCUACACCAUGUACUCCGAGACGGUGGAACUCAUCAGGUACGCCAUGAGACUUAAGAACUUCACGGGGUCUUCCGCCACAGAAGGAGACAAGAAACUUGCAGUCCUCUGCUACCGCUGCUUAUCCCUUCUCUAUCUGAGAAUGUUUAAACUGAAGAAGGAUCACGCAAUGAAGUAUUCCAGAUCCUUGAUGGAAUAUUUUAAGAAUUCAUCCAAAGUUUCACAGGCCCCUUCUCCUUGGGGAGGCAAGAGCACAGAAACGCCAUCCCCUAUGUCUCUGAGCCCCUCGCCCAUCAGCAACCUUGGAAGCACCACAAGCACAGCAGGCUCCUCUUCGGUGGGGACUGUCAGCAUCCCCCAACGGAUCCACCACAUGGCCGCCAGCCACGUCAACAUCACCAACAAUGUCUUGCGGAGCUACGAACAUUGGGACAUGGCCGACAAACUGACAAAAGAAAACAAAGAGUUCUUCAUAGACUUGGACUUGGUGAUGGGUCCAUUGACACAACACAGCAGUAUGACCAACCUGGUCCGUUACAUUCGUCAAGGACUCCAUUGGCUUCGCACGGAAGCACACUUGUUGUAGUGACGGCCAUGCCCCCCCUGUCACCACUCCAUCCCGUUUCCUUCAUCGGCACCCAGGUGAUCCCCGAUGGACAGCCACUUCCUCCUGUAACUGUAUCCAUAGAGUUUAAUUUUGUUGCCGUCUCUCUUUCUGUCUUAUACAAAACACGAACUGUUCUACCUGUCCGAAAUGGAAUUGCCAUAAAUGGAAAAUGUAGCUUCCAAGCAGGGUACGUGUUCCUCGUGUUAAACCAGCGUCGGUUAUAUCCUUGGUCUACGAACUUCUAGAUCCUGCCAAUAUUGCCAUCUGUAACCUCCAGAAUGGCCAUUGCCUGCAGUAUUGCACUUUGAUCCAGAAGUAUGUUUGAGGAGAAAGGGUUAAUAACAUUUUGAGGGCCCCUUUCGGAAAGUUCUCACGCCUGCCAAUUAAUGCAGAGGACCUCCCUCUUCCCAACACAACUGUUGUCCUUUUGAGACAAGCCAUCCCUAUCCUCAGUUUAGUCCUGACUUGUUACUUGACAAGAGGUCAUUGUUACAAUCGCAGAAGUGUGGUCCUUAAACAAGUGUGACGUCAAGCAUUUCCACGCUGCCGUAGACACCAAGACAUACAUAACACAUGUAUCACAAAAGACUUUGGGAGAUCUCUAUAGAGAGGCCAGUAAGAUGUCACGUUUUGUAAUUCUGAUUUAUGGAUCUCCAUUUUUUAAGGGGCUACAAUCAGACCCUUUUUAAAUCUAUUUCACCACCAUGGAAGUCUUUUAAAAUGAAAACGGUAUCCAGUAAUCCAUGCUGAAGGACUCAUCUCUCUCUCUCUCUCUCUCUCCCUCUUCCUCCCUCUCUCUUCCCCUCUCCCUCCCUUUCUUUCUCUCCUCUCUCUCUUCUCUGUGUCUCUCUCUCCUCUCUCUCUGCCCCUCCCUCUCUCCCCCUUCUCCCUCCCUUUCUCUCUCUCCUCUCUCUCUUCUCUGUUUCUCCCUCUCUCUCUCUCUCUCUCGCUGUAUCUCUCUCUCUCUCCUCUCUCUCCCCUCCCUCCCUCUCUCUCCCCCCUCUCUCCUUUAUCUCUCCCUCCCUUUCUCUCUCUCCUCUCUCUCUUCUCUGUGUUUCUCUCUUUCUCUCUCUCUCUCAUCUAAAAAAAAUUAAGGAUGAUUUUUUUUUGUUAUUCUAAAUAUGUGGGGCAGCUCCACAAAUUACCAUAAGAUUCAACUAAGGUAAUCUCAUUUAAUUGAGCCAUUUGUGGAUGGAGGGAUGUCCAUUAGACAGCAACCGUAAUUACCACCACGGCAAUGGAUGUCGUGAUGGAAAUGAGGCCAAUUGUCUGAAGAUGUCCUCAUGUGAAUGAAACUGUAAUGUUAUGCAAAUGACAUGCGUUGACCCUCCUUGCCUCAUUUGCAUGAGGAUAUCAUCCUUGCUCAAAGAUACGUUGAAAUGUCCUCCUCUAGACUUCUUGGGAAAGGGACGGCUGGACUUGGUGAGCUGUUUCAGAGGGACGUCUAAAAGGAAACCAGAUUGUUUGCAUCCAGAGUCUGCUAAAUAGGUUUUGUUGAAGCAAGGUUUCACUGUAUCCAAAGUUGUGCUGGCUGGGGAAUUCUGGGAAUUGAAGUCCAGAGAUCUUAAAUUUGCCAAGGUUGAGAAACAGAGAUGGAGGGUUCUCGUCUAGGAUGGCCCCUUAUCUAAGCCUACUGAGAAAGCUCAGUAUAAUCAUUGUAAUGACUCCAUUUCUAGGAUAGCCUAGAGAGGUGUUGGGUUGUUGUUUGUUUGUUUGUUUCAUUCCUUACUACAAGGCUCCUGAGGUGUCCUUCCUAUCUUUCAAACCUGUCCUUCUUUGUGGGUUGCAGUACGUGCCAUGCUCUAAAUGGUUUUAAUGAAGCCCUUCAGGCGUUCAGCGUCAUCUUCUAUCUGCAGGAGGGCAAUGGCUUUAAUAGGAGCACCAACAUGUCACGGGAGAAGGUUUGGGAGUUUUCAAAUCCUUUCAGAACCAGGAGUGGGCUGCUGGGGGUUCUCAGCGGUUCAGGAGAACCUCUAGCUAAGUUUCUGUGCAGUUCGGAGAACCCGCAAAUCCCACUCCUGGCUGGCCCCGCCCACCCUGCCCCACCCCUACCAGGAGUCUCCACGCGGCCCAUUUUAGAUGCAGGUAAGUGCAGGGUGCGUGUGGAGCCUCGGGGAGGGCGAAAAACGGGCCUACCGGAAGUUCAGGAAGGCCAGAAAUGGGCCCAUUUCUGGCCUCCAGAAGGCCUCCGGUGCCUGGGGAGGCCAUUUUCGCUCAAAAAAAGCCUCCAAAGCCCGGGAAGGGAAAAAAACAUCACCACCACCCGCCAUGGUGCAGGAGGCCAACUAGGCCACGCCCACCAUGACCACGCCCACUCAGCAACUGGACAGAGAACCCCUUGCUAAAAUUUUUUGAAGCCCAGCCCUGUUCAGAACCCUCAGGCAAGGCUUUUCCAAAAACACCAGGGUUGGAAAAGAAGGCAGCAAAUUCAAGUUUCUUGUCCUCCUCCCGUUAACUUUUGGCAGACAGCGACAGAUGGAGGGGCCGCGAGAUGAAGGGUUUUCCCAGGGCGGAAGGCGACGUGUGUGUCGAAGAAAUAGUAAAUUACCCGUCGUAUUUUCCCCCACUGUGGUUCAUCCAGUCGAGGCACCGAGCAGUUGAUAUCCCUACCAGGAGCUCUUAAACAGGAUCCGCCAGUUGUUCGGCCUCUACCUAUGUUUCCAAUGCUAGGAGAUAUUAGAAGGAAGACAGGAUUAAAGUCCCUUUAACAGCUGCAGGGUGUAUUUCUUUUAUCACAGCAAAAAGAAAAAAAGAAAAGAAACCAAAACGCAAGGGAUAAGGUGAAGAAAGCCUUUAAGAUCAGAGUCAGCUUCCAUUACAGACCGCCUUAAAUUUCAAAAUAUAUAUAUAUAUAUAUAUAUAUAUAUAUUUUCCCCCUUCUAAAAACAAUAAGUAAGCCUUGGUAAGCCUUACAGAGUUAUCUUAUCAUUUAAUUUAUAAGCUGUAUCCAUUUUGGACUGGUGCCAGUUUGGUUUAGAACAGCGCCAAUCCUUACCUGUGAGUAAAAAAAAAAACACCUGGAAUUCAGUCAAACUUGAUUUUAGGUAGACUAUAGUGCAUUAAUUGCUUUUUAAUUUCUUUUUAAACUGGAUAUUGGCUAAUAUCAUUUUCAUCUUGAUUUUUUUCUUUUCUUUUUCUUUUUCUUUUCUUUUUUCUUUUUCUUUUUUUCUUUCUGCAAACAGCACAGGUCCUCCACAAUAUUCACAUUAACAGAGUCGGAAGGGACCUUGGAGGUCAUCUAGUCGAAACCCCCCCCCCCCGCCACCCAAGCAGGAGAUCCUACACCAUUUCUGACCAAUGGCAAUCCAGUCUCUUCUUGAAAUAGACUCUGUAUGAAGGAAUAAACUUCAGGGACAAACUUAAGGAAAGUCCUACUGAUGUUAACAGUUUAACUCAGGGGCGAAAUGCUCCCGGUUCGGUCUCUUUUUUUAUUUUUAAAAGCAUUGUUUCUACAACCUCUUCGGCUGAAAAAAAUGCUUUUAAAAGUAAAAAAAAAAGUCUCUGCCGAUCAGGCAACUCAGCUGGGAUCGUCAGAGCCUUUUGAAAGCAUUUUUUUACAACCUCUGCACCGAAGAGGUUGUAGAAAAAAUGGUUUCAAAAGCAAAAAAAAAUUGGCCACGCCCACCUAAUCACAUUAACCCCCCACACCAAGCCACGCCCACAGAACCCGUAGUAACAAAUUUUAGAUUUUACUACUGGUUUAACUGUAAAUGUCAAAGGGAAAGAGGUUUGGGGAAAUUAAUCCAUGAAAAACUUCCGUACACGUAACCAUGUAAAUACCAUUUUAUGUCAUUCUCUCUGCAGAAUAAUAUUUCAUCCGCACUAGAUAAUCGAGAGGAGAAUCGCUCGUAGCUGCAUUCCCUUAUAUGAUCCUAUAAUUUCAAAAAGUGAUAAACCAGCGAUUCAAACUGCUGGGACAUCUGGGGGAAAAAAGUUUUGCGUCCACGUGCCAAGUUUUUUUUUUUAACAACUGAGUCCACUCCAAAUCCAGUCUUAAAGGUUAACUUGGUGGCAGUCAAUAAUUCACUUUAUUUAUUUUUUUUUAGAAAGAAAAUGAAUCUAAGUCUUAACAUAUUUGAUUCCACAUUAUCAUGACUGUAGUUCAAAAUUAGAAAGUUCUCCUGGCAACGUUUGGCUGGUCUACAAAAACUAUUGCUGGAAUUUGAUGAUUUCAACCAGGAUAGAGAGAUUUUGCACAGAAGAAUAGAUUUCCACGGUGACCCAAAGGUGCUUUUUCAAGAGGCAAUCGAAUUUCCUUUGUUUUUCCUUGAAGACAUUUCGCUUCUCAUCCAGGAAGCUUCUUCAGAACUUCUUCAUCCAUGACCUGGAUGACUGAGAAUCUCCAUAGGCAAUCUCGCAGAGAGUUUCUCUGAAAUUUGUGGCUUGAGGUGUGAUGAGAAGGACUGAGAAUACAAUGUCUGCUGGCGAUUCUUUUACUAGCUUCAUCCGAAUAUCUUUGCUUGCGUCUUCUUAAGCUUCCAUAUUGGAAACUUCACUUCCCAUCUGGUUCUAGGAAUUGCUUCAUAUCUGUGAUGAGGACCUCACAGUCUCUCAAAUUUCUUACUUUUUUUUUUCCUCCUUAUUCUUUUCCACUUCCAUAUUAGAUUCAUCUUUCUUCUCCAUCUGUCUGAUGCAUUCCGACAACAUGGAAUAGGGCAACCAUCUUCCUAUCCAGAUGUCUUAAGGAGAGUCACGAGAUCUUAUGCAGUCUGCUUGUAUCUCUAAGCCUCAGUUAGAAUUACAAUAGUGGCCAAAAUUGUGGAAACCCCUUUUGGGAAAAGUGUAUUUUCUAAAACUAGCUAAUAACACCACUUUUUUUUUCUUUCUUUUUUUUUUUUUUGGAGUAGUACCAUAAAAUUAUAUAUCAAUGGAAAGAUAAUUUAAUCAAAAAUGUAAUGCAAUAACUUUUAUGAAGGAUUUGCUAUUAGAGUAACAGUUACAGUAGAAAGAAGAAAAGUGAAACACGUAGAAAAAAUGAGAUAUACAAAAAUGAUCACCCUAGAAAAAAUGAGAUCUACAAAAAUGAUCACCAUGUCAGUUAAUACUUCGUUGGGUAACCUUUAGCAUGAAUUAUGGCCUUACAAUGUCUUCCCAUGGAGUGAACCAAGUCUUUUAGUUCUGCAGCUGUUAUCAUGUGAAACCAAGAUUGAAGGAUGGCUUCUAUUAACUGGGUUUUAUUGCUGGGUCGCUUCUGACUAACCAGUUUCUUUAGUCUGCUCCAUAGAUUUUCAAUUGUGUUAAGAUCUAGGCUAUUCCCAGGCCGUUCCAGCAGUGGAACAGGAUUAUCUUGAAACUCCAAAAAAACCAAAAGCGGUGUUAUUAGCCAUCAAACCUCAAAAAUACACUUUUCCCAAAAGGUUUCCACAAUUUUGGCCACUACUGUAACUGCAGCCUAAGGCAAGGAAAUCAUCCAGGAUUCUUUGGGAAAAGAGUAGAAAAGGAUCCCACCUCUUCUUCAAAUCUCCUAAAGAAGGGAGAAAAGGCGUCCAUCAAAAAUUAGAUCUUCCUUUCCAUGCCGGAAACACAAAAACUCAAGAAUUGAUUACAGCCUCCAAUUCAAAGCCAGGAAAUAAUCUGGAAUCAAUUGGAAAAUAUCCCAUCUCUUCUUCAGAUCCCCCCAAAAGGGAAGAGGAUCCAUCAAAAUUAGAUCCGUGCUGGAAAGGUUUCUAAAAGCCCCCAAAUAAGACACUAUCAGGGGUGCUAUUCACUUACUUUCCCUACCGGUUUGCAAAUGUAUGCGCACAAAUGCGCCCUGCCUUCUUCGCAUGUGCUUUGCUGGAGUGCAUGCCUUGCGCAUGUGCCCAACCUCAAAAACAUGCCUAAAUAGGAUGGAUAGAGCCAGGGCGGGCCCAACCAUGAUUUCUGCUACCGGUUCGGGCGAACUGUUCCAAACCGGCUGAAUGCCACCUCUGGGCACUAUUAAAAAGGGGGAAAAGUUGCCCACCUUGAAAUCUAUUCCCCCGUUCAUCUUCUUGAAAGCCUCAUUUGAGAAGACCGACCAAGGUUACAAGUUUGAAUUAUUGCCCCGUUUAAAGCAAGUGGAUUUCACCCCCUCCCCCAUACUUCUCCCCCCCCUUCCCCGUUGUUGAGUGAACGGCAUUUCCUAUCAAUGGUGGGAGUGUAAAUCAGUCACGGUAAUAGAGCACCAGUUCAUUCUGAACGUCUGCCAAUAAAAAUCUCUAGGGGAAGAAGAAAAGAAGUCAACAAUGGAAGUUUGCUAGCUCUUUGCUAGCCGUGUCGCAGUGAAGGUGAAUGCCCCAAGCUUGAUUAGCGGGCACAAUAUCGGUCCGUAGACCAUGUCAGUUAAACGGGGGAGCUCUUUGCGAAAGAAAUAAUUGGUGGAUUAAGGGAUGACAUCAAAGCACUUGGCCGAGUUGGACAACUUCCAGUGUUGGGCAGGCUACGUUCUUAGACAGGCUAAGAAAUGAGAAAAAUAUGGCGACUUCCAACAUCUGAGGGGAAUGCUGGAUGGUUUUAAAUGCUGGCUUUUUUUGGGCACACGCAGACAUGUAAGAAUUGACUUUUAUCCAGACUAAACUAGAGGGUUUUUUUUUUUUAAAUUGUUUUGUUUCAUGAAUAGAUCUUGGAAUUCAAAAGCUGCUUUGUGUGCCCUGUAAGUUACACAUACACAAAAAAAGGCAGGAAAUUAAUUGGAGUCCUUAAGAAAGAAAAGCUUGUAGGUGUCUUGAGGGAACAGAAAUCCCUCUGAUCGAAGGAGUUGACUUGACCAACAGAGAUUGUGACUUCUUAAAGACCAAAACAUUCAUUCUUGCAAACGUUUUUUGAGGACUGUAGACUCUGUUUCUCUGUAUCUGACCAAACAGGCUGAAAUUUCAGUAAUGUUAUGGGAUAAAAAAAAAUAUUUAAGGUUCAGGGCUGAAUAUGGCUCCCUCUUCAGAUACUGCAUUCACGCAGCUUAAUAUCUGUUUAAUGACCUAUCCCUCGACGGCUUCCAGCUAAACCUGUGGUUGAGCAGAGUUUUUGAAGGCCUCUUUGCGGUCAUAAAUUAAGGACUAACCUUCAAGCAACAGCUAUUUGUCAUGUCCAUUGAACAACUGUUACAUGCAUUUUGCUGUUUCCUGUUUUCCAGCCAGGUUCUUGCAAAGUUGAUGCUUUGUUUUAUUUUGGAAUGAGAAAGAAAAGAAGGGAGUUAGAUGGAGGGCCCAUUUCUUGUAUGUCGUCUGAUUCCUACGUGUAGACUCGAGUCUUAAUUUUGCAGGAUAAUGGACAUCCAUGUCUGUGUGUGUGCAAACUGUCCAUUAUUUACCAUCCACCCAGGACAGCUAACUCAAUAAGCAAAGGAGGCCUGGAAAUUCACCAACCAUAUUUCAGGGAAACUAGCUAUUCAUCCAGAACUACUUGAGAAUGCUAAUGACCUACUUACCAUAUUUUUCGGAGUAUAAGAUGCUCCAGACUAUAAGACGCACCUACCUUUUUUGGUGAGGAAAACAAGAAAAAGAAAUCUGCCUCUGCCUCUGCCUCUGCCUCUGAGCUUAUUUUUGGGGGAGGACUUAUUUUUGGGGAAGGGCUUAUUUUCGGGGAAACACGGUAGUCCAGUGCAGAAUCACACUUUUCCAAAAAAUAAAAAUUAAAAAAAAGACAAGGUCAUGUCCCUCAAGCUAGCAAUGUGAUGUUUCAUGAGAAGUUGCAAAUCAACUAAGAUUGUUCUCCUCCACGCGUUUGACUCAGCCAAAUCCUGACAUCAGCCAAACCCCAGUUAGGUCAAUCCUUGGAAAAUGCUGUUCACUUUAGACUGACCAUUAGAGCAGGGUUCUACAAAUUUGGCAAUUUUAAGAUGUCUGAAGGAGUCGACGCUUCUUAAAGCUGUCAAAAUUGAAAAACACUGAGUUAAACCCAGUGGGAAUACUCUCACCCGUUUUUAAGUCUCGAGAUUUAGGAAAAUAAAUUCAGACCAAUGCAAAAUUAAAAACUCUUCUGUUUCUCCUCCAGAGAUCUAGGGAUUUGUCUGGCUGAGUGUAAGUCUUGUGCACCUGUUUUCCAUAACUUCCCCCAACACAAACCAUAACAUCAUUCCAGACUCCAUUUGCAUCCUGCAUUUACCUGUUUAGAUACUGUAUGUUAGUUAAGCAAUUUCGAACAUGUGUAUCCACUGUAGAAGUCAGCCUUUUCUGAUUCAGGGUCCUCCCCAGGUGUGCUGGAUUGCAACUCUUCCAAUUUUCAGAUAAUUUGGAUAGCCAUGAUCGGGUUCCUGGGAAGGUCUUGUUGCACUUCUGCAAAAGGACAUUGUUCUGAUCUGAUACAGUAAAAAGCAUACAAUUAGUCCCAAAAACCCUCUUUUUAUCUCCACGGCUGUGAAUUCUGUUCAUUCACAGCCUGCUCAUUCUCAAUCUGUUCAUUCACAGAUGAGUCACAAAUAGUUGUAAAGAGUCCGACAGAAGUCUGCCACAGUCCUUCGGGGUAAAGCUGAUAAGCACCCAUCUUUAUCUCCCUUGACACACUGCCAAAGACCUAAUUGGCAAUUAGCUUUACAAGGCCACACGGAGCACAGAGUCAAAACGGAGCUGCAGAAUUUAAACCAGCCAGAACAAACAACAGUUGCUUCCUGCAAAGGCUCACGUGCCUUUGCUCCUCCUUUAUGUCUUAUGGGAGGGCCAAUCAUCUCCAAGCCCUACUCCCGAGUCGUCCCUAUUGUUUUAACUGUUCUUGCCUUCUGGAAGCCCUGCGCAUGCACGCACUGGGAACAGGCUCCUCCUGUUCCUCUGCCUCACUGAUGUCCAACUCUGGAGGCUCUGGAUUCAGCACAUAACUCCCAGAUGGCCCUGGCCCCCUCUCUGCCUCCGACGUAGAGCCCUCGUCCGAGCCUUCCCCAGACUCCAGGACUGGCCCAUGUUCCUCCCCAGCCUCCUCUCUGUCUGACUCUGCUGCCAGUUCCACAGGCUGCUGGCAGACCACAACAGAUGUCAGCCAAAGUCAGAUCUUUAUUAUCCUACUGUCAGGCGUGAAGAAUCAGGACCACAUGUAAAGUUCCAGCUCAAAUGUAUUGCUCACAUUUUUACACAAGAAUCUAGUCAACUAACAGUCAGCACUAAAUUGGUGCUAGUUAAGAAUCAACGGAAUUCAAGGGGGCUUAGACCAUUUGUGGGAACGUAACGAUUCCAGGCUGAUUGCUCUCUUGACUCCACCUCCAAGCUGUGCCUGCUCUUCUCUUACAUCUACCACUUAAAAUUAAAUUAUACUUGACUAUUGGGAGACCUAAACACUCAUUCCCACACCACCUGGUGAUUUAGCUUGCAUUCAUUCAAAAUAGCCCCUUUUGUGGGUAGGGACCAUCCAUUGCAUAAUCUCUGAAAUUCCACCAUGUGUCUUUGGAACAAGCAUGUUAUUCCUUGUACAGUUUUAAGUAUAAGUUAAGAUGUUUUUUUGUACAGAUUAAGAUGCAGUUACCGUUAACCUGUCCAGCAAUUACUGAAAUGUUGUAUAGUUCUAAAAUUUUCAGUUCCUCUUCAUUCUUUUUGUUUUUUUAAUUGUUUUAUUUCUAUGUAAAGGGGAAAAAAUGUAUCCUGCUUGUUUACUUUGUACUUCCAAUGUGUUGCACAAUUAUGCAUUUCUGUUUACAUUUUCUUUUCUAUUUUUUUUAAAAAAAUAAUACUUUCUGUACAAACAUUUUCAAUGUUGUUUGUUGUUUUCAAAAACAAUUGUCUCUGUAUAAAUAUUGGUUGAACUGGUACAUUUGUGUCUCUCAUAGAGGGAUUAAUUAUACUGCCGGCGCAUUGAAUUAUUUAAAAAAAAAAAGGAAAAUAAAAUUUUUAUGAAAUGUUGAA